UCCAGGCGGUUGUCUCGGUAACCCGGAAGCUUCCAUUUCUAAGAUUCCUUCCUGUUUUGUACAUUUUAAGGAGGCAGUGUCAGUGGAUGAUUGUUAUUUGGACAUUCGCUUGUUAUGUGUUGAAUGACCUGCAGUGAUCCACAAGAACAGAGAAUCCAUCCUUACUCGACCCUGCACUUUUCUACUGUUCAUUUUGUGGAUAACCAUGGCCCAGAUUCCUGGCCAGGAGGAUAAAGAGAAAACAACUGCACUGAAAGACUUGUUGUCCAGAAUAGACUUAGACGAACUAAUGAAGAAGGACGAACCUCCACUCACUUUCCCCAAGACGCUUGAAGAGUUUGAGUACACUUUCAACGAGCAGGGCCAGUUGAGGCACACCACGACAGGGGAGGCGUUUGUGUUCAACGCCCGAGAGGAUCUCCACAGGUGGAAUCAGAAACGUUACGAGGCGUUGGGAGAGAUCGUUACACAGUAUGUUUAUGAACUGUUGGAGAAGAAGUGCAAUAUGACGAAAGUAAUCUUGCCAGUGGAUGUGACAGAGGAGGAGCCCAGGAGUUUCAUCUACCUGAGUGCUGAUGCCAUGUCCAACCCUGCCAAGCUGCUGGUGCUCAUCCAGGGGGACGGGGUGGUCCGGGCCGGCCAGUGGGCACGACGCCUCAUCAUCAACCAAGACCUGGACUCAGGGACACAGAUCCCCUUCAUCACCCGCGCCAAGGAGGAGGGUUACGGUGUGAUGGUGCUCAACCCCAAUGAGAACCACCUGGAGGUGGAGAGGCCGGCCAAGCCCACCCCACUGCUCUCCCCCGAGGCCUCGGAUGAACCCGCCGAGAAGAGAGAGCGCAAGGACGACCGGGAGAGCAAGAAGAAGAGGGACUUCUACGAGAAGUACCGCAACCCGCAGAAGGAGAGCGAGACAGAGCAGAUCCCCAUACGGGAAAAUGGCUCCCCUGAGGAACACUUGCUGUACGUGUGGGACCACUUUGUGUCCAACGCUGCCGCCAGGAAUGUCUUUAUCGUGGCCCACAGCUAUGGAGGCUUGUCAUUGGUGGAGCUGAUGUGUCAGAGAGAAGCUCAGGUAAAGGACAGGGUGUGUGCCGUGGCCAUGACCGACUCCGUCCACAACAUCUGGCACCAGGAUGCCAGCAAGAGCAUCCAGGAGUGGCUGCAGCAGAGUUGGAAACAAACACAGAGAGUUGAGGGCUACACCUGGGGGCUACACCUGAGGGCUACACCUGGGGGCUACACCUGGGGGCUACACCUGAGGCUACACCUGAGGGCUACACCUGGGGGCUACACCUGAGGGCUACACCUGAGGGCUACCCUGAGGGCUACACCUGAGGGCUACCGCUGAGGGCUACACCUGAGAGCUACCGCUAGGGCUACACCUGAGGGCUACACCUGAGGGCUACACAUGAGGGCUACCGCUGAGGGCUACUGCUGAGGGCUACACCUGAGGGCUACCGCUGAGGCUACACCUGAGGGCUACACAUGAGGGCUACACUGAGGGCUACCGCUGAGGGCUACCCCUGAGGGCUACCGCUGAGGGCUACACUGAGGGCUACCGCUAGGGCUACACCUGAGGGCUACCCCUGAGGGCUACCGCUGAGGGCUACCGCUGAGGGCUACCCUGAGGGCUACACCUGAGGGCUACACCUGAGGGCUACACCUGAGGGCUACACCUGAGGGCUACACCUGAGGGCUACUGCUGAGGGCUACCCCUGAGGGCUACCGCUGAGGGCUACACCUGAGGGCUACCGCUAGGGCUACACCUGAGGGCUACACAUGAGGGCUACCGCUGAGGGCUACCCUGAGGGCUACCCCUGAGGGCUACCGCUGAGGGCUACCGCUGAGGGCUACACUGAGGGCUACCGCUAGGGCUACACCUGAGGGCUACCCCUGAGGGCUACCGCUGAGGGCUACCGCUGAGGGCUACCGCUGAGGGCUACACCUGAGGGCUACACCUGAGGGCUACACCUGAGGGCUACCGCUGAGGGCUACACCUGAGGGCUACACCUGAGGGCUACCGCUAGGGCUACACCUGAGGGCUACCCCUGAGGGCUACCGCUGAGGGCUACCGCUGAGGGCUACACCUGAGGGCUACCGCUGAGGGCUACACCUGAGGGCUACUGCUGAGGGCUACACCUGAGGGCUACCCUGAGGGCUACCGCUGAGGGCUACACCUGAGGGCUACACCUGAGGGCUACACCUGAGGGCUACCGCUGAGGGCUACACCUGAGGGCUACCGCUGAGGGCUACACCUGAGGGCUACCGCUGAGGGCUACACCUGAGGGCUACCGCUGAGGGCUACACCUGAGGGCUACCGCUGAGGGCUACACCUGAGGGCUACCGCUGAGGGCUACACCUGAGGGCUACCUGUGAGGGCUACACCUGAGGGCUACACCUGAGGAAAAUCUGCAUGGUAGUAUAAAAAUGUGAAAAUUGCCGCCCGGAGAUAAGAAGACAACCGAGAGAAAACAAAGAGCAUACCGACCGACCGGGCCGGCCUCUUCACCAUAUAAACGUGUAAUUUCGCUGGAGAACGCAUGUGCUGACACACACACACACACAACAGUCACACACACACAUACACAGUUUCUUUCUCUCUC